AUGUCUAGCGAGGCUUCAAUCGUCUACACCAAGGAGGCGGCUCCUGUUCAAGGGCCUUAUUCCCAAGCCAUCAAGACCCCCAAUGCCAUCUACUGCUCAGGCCAGAUCCCAUGCACUGCCGAUGGCCAGCUGGUUGAGGGAACCAUUCAGGAGAAGACUGCGGCCUCGAUUGCCAACCUGAAGGCUGUCCUCACCGAGGCCGGCUCAAGCAUUGCCAAGGUUGUCAAGGUCAACAUCUUCCUGACGGACAUGGCCAACUUUGCCUCUAUGAACGAGGAGUAUGCCAAGUGGUUCACCCAUAAGCCUGCCAGAAGCUGCGUUGCUGUAAAGCAGCUGCCCAAGGGCGUGGAUGUCGAGAUUGAGUGCAUCGCUCUCCCAUAA